CGUGAUUAUGAACGAGUUGACAGUCUUGUGCAUGGAAAAUGGCUGUUUUAAAGUCCUUGAUACGGUUGUUAAUUUCUGGAUAUACAUUCAUGGAACGAAGUCUGAUCCGUGCUUGACAAGCAAAGUUCUGAUAAACGUUGGAUCUAGGAAUGAUCAAUGCUUGGUGACAGACUUUCCACUCAACGAACGGCCGUGUGAUCAGUAUCUGGACCAAGAUUGGUACAGGACUGACGAUGGCGUAAUACGCACAAAAGCUCCUGUUGACGGCAAUUGCGGGGCUGAUGCUGCGGCUUGGCUUAAAGAUGCGCUCCCCGCUGUGUCCGAUGGUGUUGCUAAUAGGACAAUAUGCAUACGGGAAGAAUCCAACAACUGUGAAGGGGAGUUCAGCAUUGAAAUAAAGAAUUGCGGCUUAUUUUUCGUAUAUUAUUUACUAUCAAUUCCAAAUAUAUUCAAUUGCCCAGCUGCGUACUGCUUCGAUUCGUCUUUACCAUGUACAACAUCAACGACGACUACAUCAACGACUACAACUACAAAAACACAAACCGGAAGUACAAAUACGGAUGAAAAUAACUUAACACUCAUUGUCUGCUUAGCCGUCAUUUUGCCAGUAGCGGUGCUUGCGGUGAUCACUGUCUUAAUAGCUCGAGUAUUGUGGAAGAAACCGGUACAGCCAACGAACGGCCAAGCUGAAGGAAAUGCAAAUAUACAAAAACCAUAUACUACUACUACUUCUACUACUACAACAACAACGCCAACAACAACUACUACUACUACUACUACUACUGCUUCCACUACUACUACUACUUUUCCCGCCGGAUGCACGAAUCACCUUCAUUUUCACACGAAUCCCCUUCAUUUUCCCACACGACUAUGACCUUAAUAAAGGACGUGAUGAUCUAAAAAAAUGAUACUGACACGGUGUACAACAAUAAUAAAUUAUCUUAGUUAUAUCGCAAUUGUUUCUAACAGAUGCAAAAACACAGUUAUACCAUAUAUUUUUAAAGAAUAAAUAACAUAAUAAACUAUGCACACAUUCGUAUACAUUAAAAUUGUAUUUGAAUGGUUAUUGACGAUGAUCCAUGUUCAUUUUUGGUUUUCUUACGUUUAAUUGAUAUUUGCGUGCUCCAUCUUAUAUAUAGUAUGAUACACAUGAGUUUCCAAGACCAAUAAACAGACAAUAUCUAAAGCAUAUGCAUUUGUUAAAUAUAUUCAACGACGGAACGUUUUUAUAUAUAACCAGUUUGAAACCUUACCGACAUAAAUCGAUCCAAAAGUGCAGUUUAUGGAUCGUUAAGAACUUGUGUAAUGUAAUUUUUCUUGCGAUAGAAUAUGAUGCCUCUAGAGUGGAAUGGUAAUGCUUAAAAUCCUCGUGUUUACACUUCAAACUGCAUUUAUAAAGUAAUACACUUUCUCUUGAAUGAGGUCAAAUGUUAAAACGAAUGUUUGACUUAUUCAGUUUUAAUAUUCAACAAUUUGAAAAUAAGGGUUACCAGUGUUAGUGCUGCCCUAAGGCUGAUGGUUCGAUUCGUAAUAAACAUAAAUAUGCAUCAAAACAUUAGUUUGUGUAAAAUCCGUGUUAUUUCAAAGUUGAUUGAACCGAUAAGCUCAUGUCGGGAAAAAAACUGUUUUCGAAUGGGACAAAGCUCGGUUAAGCUAAUAAUACUUGUUAAUGUGUACGUCGUCUUUAAUUUAAUGGACACGUCAUG